UGCAGCAGCAUGUAUCUGAGGGCGUUCUCACACAGGUGAACCCCGCGCGUUCUCACGGCGCUGAUAACGGGACUGCUGCAGGGCGUGCCACCCGGUCCUCCCCACGGUGUCCAGAGACAUUGUCGCGUGAACGGAGUCCAGAGAGGAGGGGGUGCGCGCGGGCACGGAGCUCUUUGUACAAAGGCAGCAGCCGAGGGUGUGAUCUGCAGACACGUCACCGUCAGAGCCGCCAUGGACCAGAACCAGGACCUGAACACGCGCUGCGAGCCCGGCUCAGCCUCCGAGGGAACGCGGAUCAGCGUGCAGGACUGCCACGAGCUUCUGAGUAGAGCAAAGCGGGACCGCGCAGAGGAUGAGCAGGAGCGCGUGUACAACUACAUGAGCGCACACUACCUGGAGGUGCUGCGUGCUCCCGCGCUGUACGGCCGUCUGAGCGCCGCGGAGCGCGCACUGAUCCUGAGCAGGAGGACGAAGUGGGCGGGGCUAGAGGCGGGGGAGGGGGUGCUGGCGGUGGCGGAGAGCGGGGAGGAGGCGCGCAGCCCGCGGCGCAUGCUCUUCCUGCACCCGAGUGCGCGGCGCUGGGAGGAGCUGACCCGCCUCCCGGAAGAGGCCCCGCCCACCGGCUCUGGAAUGUGCACUCUCUUCAAUUACCUGUUCGUGGCGGGUGGGCUGCGGGGGGGACAGGCCCAGGACAGUGUGCUGUGUUUCGACCCGCUGAGCAGGCGCUGGAGUGGCGUGCGGCCGCUGAGCGAGCCGCGCUGCCAGCUGCGACUGGUGGGUGUGGACGGGCUGCUGUACGCGGUGGGUGGGGGCUGCCUGCUGAGUGUGGAGCGCUACGACCCACGCGCCGACAGAUGGAGCCAUGUGGCGCCACUGCCCAAAGGCUCGUUCGCGGUGGCGCACGAGGCCACGGCGUGUGAUGGCCAGCUGUUUGUUUCGGGGGGGUCGCUCUUCUACCGCCUGCUGCGCUACGACCCCCGCCGCGAUGAGUGGGAGGAGUGCCCAUUCAACGAGAGCCACCGCCGCUCCGCAGACAUGGUCGCGCACCGCGGCCUCAUUUACCGCUUUGACGUGGACCGCGAACGUGCCGAGGUCAGCGUGCACAGGUACAGCACAGUGGUAAAGGUGUGGCUCGAGGCCGCCACCAUUCCGCUACAGAACGCACUGCCAUUCCGCUGCGCUGUGCUCGGCGACCGGAUCUACUGCGUCAACCGCAGCCGCACGCUGCAGUUCCACGUCGGCGAGGAGGGGCCCGGCUUCCUGCCCGAGGCCCUACCAGCCCCCGCCGGGUCCCGCGGCAACCUGGUGCCCUUUGUCCUCAGCCUGCCCCAGAACACUCUUGCCUCUGACCAUGGAUCACAGACCGUGACCUCUGACCCUAGCAUUUAAGAACCACAGUUGGGCUGCUUGGUCCCUCCUUGUCGUCGCGGUGCCUUCUUGUUCCUAACUUUGACGGUGAGAAUGUUUCCUGCGUGUGCAUGGGUGGCGGUGGGCCGAGCUGGAACUGUAACGCAGUUUUUAUUCGGACAAUUCCUGUUUGGUUUGUGACUGAAGCCGUCAGAGAGGAUGCUGCUGCUCGUGAGGAGCUGAAGCGUGUGUUUAGAGUUAUUGAUGUCGGACUUUGAUCAUCACUCCUGAUGCUGCAUGUCGAUCAAUAAAGCAGAAA